GAAUUCACAUAGUAUUUUUUUGGACAAUUGAUCCAAAAGACUAGGCUUACACCCGAUUCACACGGGCUUCAGUUCAGUCCAAUUCAUCUUAAGUCAGGCCCACUAACUUCUCUUACUUAAACAUCAACUUACAAAAUUUUCCACCUAAAACACAUUUUGAAAUUCAAUGGCAUCACCGGACACCGACGUACCUAUGGUUCUCGCCGGCGAGGGUUCAACCGGCGUUGGAUCGUCCACUAAAAAGCCCAAGCGAUUUGAAAUCAAAAAGUGGAAUGCUGUUGCUCUCUGGGCUUGGGAUAUUGUGGUAGAUAAUUGUGCAAUCUGUAGGAAUCACAUCAUGGAUCUGUGUAUCGAGUGUCAAGCUAAUCAAGCUAGCGCGACAAGUGAGGAAUGUACAGUUGCUUGGGGUGUUUGCAACCAUGCAUUCCACUUCCAUUGCAUUAGUCGGUGGCUCAAGACUCGUCAAGUGUGUCCACUUGAUAACAGCGAGUGGGAGUUUCAGAAGUAUGGUCACUAGAAUUUAUUGUUGGUGUACAGUGAAUAGGAGUUUCUGAAGUAUGGUCUGUUGGAUUGAAGUCCCUGUCCUCUCUCUGCUAUCAAUGACGUUAAAAAGUUAUGUUCCUUCCAUUUUCGUUCUGCAGAUAUGAAAAUCAAGGACUCAAACUUUGUUUUUGUUCUCAUGUCUGUCUUAGGUUGCCUCGGAAGAAUGAACUGUAAUUGGAGAUUCCAUUUCUUAUGCUAAUUCUUGUCUCGUUGAGGAGUGUGUCAA